GACAAGAUGGCCACACCAGCAGUACCGGCGAGCGCGCCUCCCGCCACCCCAUCCGAAGCCCCAGCUGCGGCCUCAUCUCCGGCCUCGGCCUCGGCCCCGGCCCCGGCCCCAGCCUCAGCCUCGGCCCCGGCUCCAUCGCCGGCUCCGGCUCCAGCUUCAUCGCCGGCUCCCGCGUCAUCCUCAGACCCGGCAGCAGCAGCGGCUACGACCGCGGCUCCGGGCCAGACCCCGGCCUCAGCGCCAGCCCCAGCGCAGACCCCCGCACAGUCUCUCUCUGGCCCUGCUCUCCCAGGCCCCUUCCCCGGCGGCCGCGUGGUCCGGCUGCACCCGGUCAUUUUGGCCUCCAUCGUGGACAGCUACGAGCGACGCAACGAGGGAGCUGCCCGAGUUAUCGGGACCCUGCUGGGAACCGUUGACAAGCACUCAGUGGAAGUCACCAAUUGCUUUUCAGUGCCACACAAUGAGUCAGAAGAUGAGGUGGCUGUUGACAUGGAAUUUGCUAAGAACAUGUAUGAGUUGCACAAGAAAGUCUCUCCAAACGAGCUCAUCCUGAGCUGGUACGCUACAGGCCAUGACAUCACGGAGCACUCAGUGCUGAUCCAUGAGUACUACAGCCGAGAAGCCCCCAACCCCAUUCACCUCACAGUGGACACCAGCCUCCAGAAUGGCCGCAUGAGCAUCAAGGCCUACGUCAGCACUUUAAUGGGUGUUCCUGGGAGGACCAUGGGGGUGAUGUUCACCCCUCUAACAGUGAAAUACACAUACUACGACACUGAACGCAUAGGAAUUGACCUGAUCAUGAAGACCUGUUUCAGCCCCAACCGGGUGAUCGGCCUCUCCAGUGACUUGCAGCAAGUGGGCGGGGCUUCCGCUCGCAUCCAGGACGCCCUCAGCACAGUGUUGCAGUAUGCGGAGGACUUGCUGUCUGGGAAGGUGUCAGCCGACAAUACCGUGGGCCGCUUCUUGAUGAGUCUGGUUAACCAAGUACCCAAAAUAGUUCCUGAGGACUUCCAGACCAUGCUCAACAGCAAUAUCAACGACCUGUUGAUGGUGACAUAUCUGGCCAACCUCACACAGUCACAAAUUGCCCUCAAUGAGAAGCUUGUGAACCUGUGAAGGGGCCACGGGCAGCCCUCCUGCCACACUGGGUCCCAGCCAAGCCCAGGACCCAGAAUGGAGUGAAGGAGAAAUGGUGUCUUUGUGGUCUGAGUCACAUUGAGUCAAUCAACUGCUUGUGACUCUAAAUAAACAUAGAGUACCUUUCGUAAGUGAAAAAA